AAAGAGUUACAAGAGAAACAUUAGCAACUACCUUCUUGGAUUUCAUUGAACUUGAUAUAUGUCGUAGUGUUAUAUCCCACUAUCACAUGGUAAAACCAUUUGCAACACUCAAGCAUUCGUGAAAAAAAUUAAGUUUGAAGUUUAAGGUUUACUAUACACACGACGAAUAUUUAUCUUCCGAGCUCAGCGAUAUACUGUAUUGUUUGGAAAGUUCCUACGAAUUUUCGAGCGAAAUUCAAAUGAAACAUUGUUUUAGUUACAAAUAAUUUUAAUCUCUAAUAUAUGCGUCAUUUGGUUGUACAAUAGUCAUGUAUCUUUUGGGUAACUUCAUAAUUCCUUUCUCGUAAAAAUCUAGCGUUUUUACGGCGAAGAUUGCAUGGACCGGAACAAAUGGAAAUCUGAAGGAGCAAUGCUCGGUGAAUACGGCGGGUGGAUAGACAAAAAAAAUCUGGAUGAAUUAGUUAGACCAUGGUAUUGCAAAGUACUACCUUUUCCAUUAAAUUUUUAUUAUCCAGGUAAAUUUGAACGACAAGCACAGUUCUUAAUACAAUGUUUAUAUCCUAUGGAAGACAAUACAAAUGAUAUUGAAAAUGAGGUAUGUAUAAGUAUACAAUAACUUCGAAUUUAUUAAAAAUAUG